GGGUGGAGGGUAUUGGGUUUUGCUCUCUCUUCUGGUUCUCAUCGCUGCUAUCUGCUUCUACGAGGAGUGCUCCGAGGAAGGGGAACUGCCCAGGAUGGCCGCCGACAUGGAGACGAUGAGAGAGGAAUACAGGAAGCUGAACCGUUCCUGCUUCAUCCUCGGGGCGUCCGGGGAGACGGGGAAGGAGCUGCUGAAAGAGAUCGUCCAGAGCCGUCUGUUCAGCAAGGUCACUCUGAUUGGACGCCGCAAGUUGAAUUACGAGGACGAGGCGUACAAGGACCUGGUCCAGGAGGUGGUGGAUUUUGAGAAGCUGGAUGAGUACGCUUCGGCCUUCCAGGGGCACGACGUGGGGUUCUGCUGUCUGGGGACCACGAAAGCCAAAUCCGGAGAGGUGAGCGGAGAGGGACGGCUCCGCGUGGACCACGACUAUGUCUUGAAUUCGGCGCAGCUGGCCAAGUCGGGGGGCUGCAAACACUUCAAUCUGGAAUCUUCCAAGGGAGCCAACAAGAAGAGCGGCUUCCUCUACCUCCGUGUGAAGGGGGAAGUUGAAGCUGAAAUAGAAGAUUUGGGAUUUGAACGAUAUUCGAUCUUCAGACCGGCCGUGCUCCUUGUUGACCGGGAAGAGUCGCGCCCAGCCGAGUGGUUCGCGAGGAAGAUGUUGGUCCCCAUAGCCUACAUGUUCCCUACCGCCUACAGUACUCCCAUCACCACCCUGGUGAAAGCCAUGCUGAAUAACGCCGCGGUGCCGAGUGACAAGAAGGUGGAGCUGCUGGAAAACAAAGCCAUCCAUAACCUGGGCAAACUGGGCGAAGGCAAGAGCUAAAGGGCGCCAGCAAGGGAUUGUGGGUAGCUGUGCCGCCUUCACCCACCCCGAG